UUAACCGCGUGAUGCAGCACGUAAACAACUUGGUCAUCAAAAUUCUAAAAUUCUUAUAAUUUCUUGAAGUUAAAAGUCCAAAGCUGCGUCAGAAGAAGGCGAAAAGCCUACGCUUACUGGAAAACGAGAGAUGAGACAUGGAUCUCCUUAAAGAAGCCAAGAAUGUCGUUGACUUCGCAACCUAUUACCCGAUGCUGAAUAAGGCAACCAUUGACAACGAUACCCCAACACCAGGAUACCUCUUUGAAGAUAUCAUCAAGCUAAGCCAUCAGUCUCAAGGUCACAGGCACCACUUGGUAGAUUUCCUGAUAGCUCGUCUCCAGAUAUCGUCAUGGCCUGGGAAGCAGAAGGUGGUAAGAAUACUGCACCAGAUAUGUUCGCGAGGCCACCGAGGUGUGCGGGUGUAUCUCAGAAGCAAGGAUGGAGACCUCAGAAAAGCAGCAGCCUCUGGGGGCCCCCCUGACCCAGUCCUGGCCAACACACCGCAGCUCUUUCUUAGCUCUGCUAUACAAGAACUUCUUACUCUUUUGUUUGACCCCAAAAUCAUGAAAGAAGAUGAACUGUGGCUAGCAGGGAAGGAGAAUAUAAAUGAGUAUGUUGCUGGGGGAGAAAAGCCUUCUGUACCUCAAGGUUAUGGUGCGUCUGCUGUCUCAGGCAAAUAUGAAGGUUUUGGAAGUUCUCCCGUUAAACAGGGUGACAGUUUGGUUACACAGGUGCGUGGCAUGGUCGAGCGUGUGAUAACACAUACUGGCGACUCUAAAGGAGUCAGUGCUGAUUUUCUACAAGGAGAAAAGGGAGACUAUCAACCCAUUUUCCUCCCUUCCCUCGGAGCAUCUGUCCCCUCACCACAACAGUCUUUACAUCAGUCCCACCUCCCAGGACUAACAUCUGGGCAGUUACGUAAAUUUAAGGAUUGUGCAGCCCACAGGUCUGGACGAGCAGGUGGUGGUUGGGAUAGUGAUGAGGAAGGCCAAGAUACUCCGCCGUCUCCCCUCAGCUCCAAUGUAGACUUUUCUUUGCCGCUUCCUGAACAUCAUUCUACAGAGGAAGUAUCAGCAGGAGCAGCAGAAGAAGACUACAUAACAAAGAUUCUGUAUUCAGCAUCAUGGCCUGCGGAUCCUGAUCAGCUUAUUAUAUCCUGUCGAGAAAGUGCUUCCUUUGACUUGAAUGUGUUUUUUGAGAAGGUAACUGCCAAGUUCGCAGAAUUAUGUGAUGUAAGGACAAGGAGUUCAGAUUCAGCAGAGGACAAGGCAAGAGUUGAAGAUACACCAACUCAAAGUAGAGAUUUAGCAUCAUGUAAACCUGAUAAUGUAACUGUUCAGUUGUUGAUGCUACUUCUACUUAUUGAAUUUGGGAUACAUUAUGAUAUCUAUGCACCAAAUAUAGCAAAUACCCAUUUACGAAAAACCUUUCAAACAAUUUCUACAAGUAAGAAUAUAGACUCGAGAGCUCAAACCAAAGCCAAGAAACUUCUCCUGAUUCUUGAAAAACUUCAGUGAUUAGAAAAAGUAAAUAUGAUUUUUUGUAUAUUGUGUGCACAUUUAUAUUUUUCCUUUUAUUUCAUAGCUAGGUCAGAGUUCUCAUGUCACUGAGUGGAUUACAUAAAACAGCCUUCGGAGAAGGAAUUCAAGGAAGAGCCAUUGCAGUGAUUAGCACCUUUUGGCUUGAUGAUGAAGAUUAGGUGAAGCAUAGCCAACAUAUUUUGAAGAAAAUAUAGUAUAUUGUGUUUAAAUCUGUUCUUCUCUGAGUAGGAUAUGUUUUCACUGCUGGUGUUAAUCACAUGACAAAGUCCCAGUUAAGAUAUGGUAAUUAUUUGUGAUAGAGAGUGAUAACACAGAAUUAUAUGAUUAAAGUUCCUGGAGUUGGAAGGGAUAACUGAUCACUGGUAUUAAGAGAAUUUUUAGGCUCUUUUCCUUUGUAUUUCACUAUAGUUCUUUAAAUUCAACAUGUAACAACUCUUCAUCUCUCUCUCUUUUACUGACCCUGCCUUUCUCCAUUUGCUCCUUCUGUUUACCCUUUUCACUUCCAUAUUACCCUGCAGCUCUCUACAAUUUCUGACUUCUAACAUCUUGUCCUAAUCAUUAUUUCAUAUCCCCUUUUCACUACAAUACAAAGUGCUAUAUGGCCAUUGAAGACUAGCAUAUUUAUUUGUUUUUCCCAUUACCCAUUGAAAAUGUAUAUUACUUUUCACAUAAUGGUUGUCAUAAUGGCAUCUCCAAAAAGCAAAUAUGAUAUAA